AUGUGUCGGACAGUCCAGUCCAGUGGCGCGUAUUUGUGCACAUGCCCGUCCGGAUGGGAGGGCCCGCACUGCAAGAACGACACGGACGAGUGUACUGACGCCUCUGCGUCGUCGCCAGGCUGCCACAACAAAGGGCAGUGCAUAAACACGCUCGGCUCCUACCAGUGCCACUGCCCGCUGGGCUUCACCGGACGGCACUGUGAGACCCCCUACCAGCCCUGCUCGUCCACGCCGUGCCAAAACCAAGGCACCUGCCGACCCACCUCCGACUUCAACUAUCAGUGCCACUGCUUGCCAGGAUUCAAUGGAACAAACUGCGAGAUUAACAUCGACGACUGCCCUUCCCAUGACUGCCAGAAUGGAGGAACCUGUAUGGCUGGAGUCAACACCUACAACUGCCAGUGUCCACCCGAAUGGACAGGUCAGUACUGCACAGACGAUGUGGACGAGUGCCACCUGCAGCCCAACACCUGCCAGCACGGUGGCACAUGCUGCAACACGCUGGGCAGCUACAACUGUGUGUGCGUCAACGGCUGGAGUGGCCCGGACUGCUCGGAGAACAUCGACGACUGUGCCACAGCCGUCUGCAUGCAGGGAUCUACCUGUGUGGACCGCGUGGCGUCCUUCAUCUGCAUGUGCCCCCACGGCCGGACUGGCUUGCUGUGUCACUUAACCGACGCCUGCAUGAGCAGCCCCUGCCGCGAUGGCUCUCAGUGUUUCACCAACCCCAUCAAUGGCAUGUACAACUGCAUGUGCCAGUCAGGGUACAUGGGCAGCACCUGCUACAUGGACAUCGAUGAGUGCAGCGUCGGUAUAAGCCCUUGUGAGCACAAUGGGCUGUGUAUGAACACAGAGGGCUCGUUCACCUGUAACUGCGCCCAGGGAUACACAGGGCCACGCUGUGAGCACCUGUCCAACCCUUUCUAGAACGAUCUCAUCUUCCGAGUCUAGAUUGGAAAAUACACAUGCAUCU